CCAGGUGGGGGGGGUGGCAGAGGCCGAGAAGCAUGGCGGAGGAGUGAGUCGUCCUCGUCCUCGACCUCGUCCUCCUCGGCGAUGGGGUUUUCCUCGUUGCGUCGCCUCGUCUCUCCAAUCGGUCUCGGCAUUCAAGGCUGCUCGCGUUGUCUUCUAGAUUCAUCGGGCCAUCUGUGCUGUCCUGCACUGCCGCUAAUCAUCCUAUUUUCUGGGUCCCUUUUGAAUCUAUUGCAGGCAGUAUAUUUGUGUAUAUGGAUCUCCUGCCACCUCGUACCGUCCCUGCGCUAGGCUCCUGCUCCUGCUCCUCCUCGACUUUCUCCCUCUAAGCUCUGAAUUUUCUCGUUUCUCCUUCGACGGUAGUGGGUUGGACAUUGUUUGUUCGUUUCAGCCAUGCAGGGCCACCCAUCUAUUUGCGUGUACGCAUUGGGGCGAGGAGAUCUAGGACAGUUGGGUAUCGGAGAUUACUCUGAUCACCCUACCCCUACUUCUCUAUCAACCUUGGUCGGCAAGGACAUUGUACAUAUUGCAGCUUCAGAUUACCAUACCGCAUUUCUUACUGAUGAGGGGGAGGUUUAUACGACCGGGAGCAAUGAUGCAGGUCAAUUGGGAGUUCGAGGUAUGGAGGAACAGGUGGUCCCCAUACGGGUUGCCGCCCUAGACACGCACAUGGUGACGCACAUAGCGUGUGGAUUUAAGCAUACUGUAGCCGUCACAGAGACUGGUGCGCUAGCGUCCUGGGGAGGAGAUGAAUAUGGACAACUGGGAUUCGAUUCAGGAAAUAUUGUUGAUGGGGUACAGCCUCGUAUCGUGAAAGGAUCACGCGAUCUGCACUUUUCUCGUGUGGCAGCUGGUGGUUACCACACUCUAGCUCUUACAGGUAGCGGGGAUGUCUAUUCCUUCGGAGACGGCAGUUCUGGUGCUUUGGGACAUGGGAACUUGGAUGGUUGUAGUACACCCUCGCUUGUGAAGAGCCUAUGGGGUCUGGGUGUCACUCAGAUUGCUUGUGGUGAGAACCACAGUGCGGCUUUGACUGUAGAUGGGAAGGUGUUCACAUGGGGUCGAGGAAAGUAUGGUCAACUUGGACACGGUAGCACUCAGAACAUAAAACUUCCUGUGGCAGUGAAAGCAUUGGUAGAUCAUGAUGUGAUUCAAAUCGCAUGCGGAGGGGAUCACACACUGGCCAUCACUAGUGAUGGUCGGCUGUUCAGCUGGGGACAUGGUUUAUGGGGGCAAACCGGCCAUGGUACCAAAGAAGAUGUCCUAAGCCCGAAACAAGUACACCAACUUGAAGGAAGGGUUCUGGUACAAGUAUCGGCGGGUGCUCGUCAUACUGUUGUGUUGUUAGACCGAGGAGAAGUGUAUGGUUGGGGUGAUUGUGAGCAAAGGCAACUUGGAACAUGUGACAGCGAAAUUCAAUUCUCUCCAAAGUUGCUUUUCAGCGUUGAGGAUGGCAAACGACCACUCUUUGCAGUGGCAGGUGGGGAACACACGAUGGUUGUUUGUGAACACAUAAUGGAACACCAACAGGGACAUUUAGGAAUUGAGAGACAACUACUUGAUACAUCCAGUGAAAGUAGUUUGGUUGAGGGAUCUGCAACCAAGCCAUGUUUACCUGGGGGAAAGGACGUGGACAACAGACAUGGCAGCGGGCUUAGGCCAAUGAAAUUGCCAUCACUCUUGCAGAUUGUUCAGAAUGUAGCAGCCUCUUCACGAGCGAUUCCAGUUUUAGCUCAUGCCCUGGAGGACAUCUUCUCUUCCGUCAGAUUCCUCAUUGUGGUAUUUACACAAAAAAUCUCAAGAAAUAUUAAUGGAGAUGAAAAUCAGAUCAUUGAUCGUGUUCAUAGUAGAGGCGAAGAUAGCGAAGGUCCAGGUCUAGACUUGGAACUCGUGCAAGCUAUCUACCACGGUGUCUUGCAGCUUUUAAAUCCAGAGAUCGUGAGAAAGCUUGGUGAGGCUAUGGUACGCUUAUUCCAGGGUAUAGAGAAGUACAUGGAUGAAGUGCCAGAAUCAUUGUGGGAAAAGGUACUGCUCAUUGGUCUACAAUGUCCUCUCAUUGGAGAGAACGGUCCUGGGGAUAUGAUAUCGGUCCAUUUGUUUUCGAUCUUUCACCGGAUCUCUGCUUCUGCUAAAAGAAAAAUGUGUAAGUGGUUACGAACUUAUCCAAAAGACAUUUUUGGAGGGCGUUUUGUGCGGGGUAUUCAUAGAUUUAUUUCAAACAGAGAAACCCAAUUAUCGAGCAGUCGUGAAGGCAUUCAUUCAGACGUACUAGGCUCUCUUAAGGCGCUCUCGAUACUAUAUGAAGCUGAUAGCAAGGAAGUCUUGGUUCCAUAUUCUGACUUUUAUAACACUUCAAUUAGCAAUCACGCGAGUUUAGAGGAUGAUUACUACCGUUGGAGCAAUGUUAAAUUCGCUAAUAAUGAUGUACCGAUAGUUGCAUUUUGCCAGUUUCCAUUUAUAUUGACUCCUGUUGCGAAGAGCAAAAUUCUACAGUUGGAGGCAAAUAUACAGAAGACCAAUCAGUUGCGACUUUCCGUCAUGACGCAGCUGUUUAGUGCAGAGCUGCAGAACCCGUUUCUAAUCCUCACUGUCCGCCGCAGCUCCUUGGUUGCAGACACUUUGCGGCAAUUAGAAUAUGAGGAUGACUUGAAGAAGCCUCUGAAGGUUAUAUUUGAGGGAGAAGCUGGUGUAGACGAAGGAGGCGUUACCAAGGAAUUUUUUCAGCUGCUGAUUCGAGAACUCUUUAACGUUGGUUAUGGAAUGUUCACAUAUAAUGAAGAUACUCGUCAUUUUUGGUUCAAUCGCGAUUCAAUGGAAACUAAACAUGAGUUUAGACUGGUGGGGAACAUUCUAGGCCUAGCUAUUUAUAACGGAGUCAUUCUGGAUAUUCACUUCCCGAAGGCGGUUUACAAGAAGCUCUUAAGAGAAAGUGUCUCCCUCAAGGAUCUUAGGGACUUGGAACCUCAGAUAGCAAAGGGGCUUGAAGAGCUAUUCGUAUAUCAAGGAGAUGUUGAAUCCACUUUUUGUCAAAAUUUUCAGAUCACAUAUGAAUAUUUCGGUGAAAUGAAGAUUUAUGAUCUUGUUGAAGACGGUGGAAACAUAACUGUAACUAAUGAUAACAGAGAAAGAUAUGUCAGCCUCUAUGUCAAAUAUUUACUGGAAGAUUCAAUUCGAGAACAGUUUGACGCCUUCUUGGAAGGUUUCUAUCAGGUUUGUAUAGGACCAGCAUUAAGUCUUUUCCGUCACGAAGAACUGGAGCUUCUUAUCUGUGGACUACCUCACUUUGACUUUGAUGCACUUGAGCGUGUGACUAAAUACGAGAACGGCUACACGAAGGAUAGCCAAGUUAUCAAAUGGUUUUGGGAGGUGGUAAAAAGCAUGUCUUUGGAUGAGAAAAAGCAACUUCUUUUUUUCACGACAGGGAAUGACCGUGCACCAGUUGGAGGCCUCGCCACCUUGAAGUUCAUCAUCACACGUAAUGGUGAUGAUACUGAUAGGUUACCCACUGCGCACACUUGCUUCAAUGUUCUGAUGGUACCCAAUUAUAGCUCUAAAUCCAAACUAGAAAACAGACUCAAGCUCGCGAUUGCGAAUUCCACCGGGUUUGGUCUGCAAUAGUGUUUUCAUUGCUCAUAGCUUCUCUUCGCCAUGGAUGAAAGGUUAUUAGUCUAGAAGUACUUGUGUUUGAUUUUACAGACGCUAGGCAGAUACAGUUGAAUAGUUGUAGUUAUCAUGUUUUAGGUCAUUGUAAGCUCAAGUUACCCCCAGAGGAUGUGGAUUUUGAGUUGGACCUACUGGAAGAAGGUAGGGUAAUUGUGGUUUACGGACAUUCCAUGUUCAGGCACUCAUGUUAAUGUCAAAAACCUACAAUGAAAGGUCGUCAUCAAAUUUUUAUUCUGAUGUUCAAAAGAGAGUACCGAAGGUUGUAUUGGAGGGAAAAAUGUACAAAAAUGCAAAUAAAAGUCUGGGAUUCACGUGUA